AAAUCGUUGCGGGCAUUGCGCAGACAUACUAUCGUUUACAAGCUCGCUCGCAACACCUCAGGAACAUGUCCCUCGCCAGUCGCGGCAUUCGCUUCACGAGACUCGCGCCUGCCAUUCGAAGAGCGUACUUGCCCCAGAUACAACUAACACCAUUCCUUGACAGAAGCUCGACUCACUCCUAUCACCACACAGCACCAAAAAUGUCUUUCAGCAACGCAAACACUGGCUCCAAGGAUGCCGAUCCAUACACUACGAAGAACGCCUCGGAUCCCUCGUUGAAGGAGAAGGUGGAGGACCUGAAGACUUUUGUGGACAGGAACAAGUUCUGUCUGCUCACGACCAAGAACACGAGUGGCUUGCUUGUAAGCAGAGCUAUGGCUCUCGCCGCGAAGGAGGGCAACGGCAUUGACCUUAUCUUCCACACCAACACCGAGAGCGGCAAGACGGAUGACCUUGAUGCCAAUUCGGAAGUCAACGUCGGCUUUCUCAACAACUCUGGAGAGUGGGCUUCGUUCUCUGGACCAGCUACCGUCGAGACAGACCGCGCUAAGGUUCGCGAGUACUACUCACCUGCCUUGAAGGCAUGGCUUGGAGACCUCGGUGAUGGCAAGCACGAUGGUGGCCCAGAGGAUCCCAGAAUCGGUCUCAUCAAGAUCAAGACUAAAACCGUCACAUACGCCACUGCCUCGAAGAACCUCUUGACAAGCACGAUCGAAGUUGUAAAGGGCGCUGUUACCGGCGAGACUGCUGCAGUCAACAAGCUCAGACACCUGAGUGAGAGCGAGGUCCAGCAAUGGCGCUCUUCUUAAAUAUUUUCGAACCUUCACAGCAACGAGAUGCAGAUACCAGAGAUCCAGCGAGUCCGAUGCUACCAGCUGUAGCGUAGAGGGUUUCAUGUAGCGAAUGAUUACAGUCCCCAAAUUGAGAAUUGCAAGUCGUCGUGGAAGAACGAUGUCAUUGCGAACAAGGCUUGCAAAGCAGGGCCCCCCAGCGCACCAAUAAAAUACAUGUAGCCACCAGAAUCACUGUGUUACGAAAGCGAAAUCCACAUGAG